AUGACGACUUUGCACACUGAAUACACCGACACGGCAUCUGGCUCUGAUGGCUUAUCAAUCCCCGCCGCCUCGCCACCGCAUGAACUUCUGGUCGACAGCAAGAUGGCGCCCAACAGAAGCAUCCAGACCGUGCUCAUAGCCAACCGGGGCGAGAUCACCUUGCGUAUCAUUCGAACACUCCACAAGAUGAGCCUGCGGGCCGUGGUGAUCGACUCCGACGCAGACGCCCAAGCCAGCCACGUCGUAGCCGCCGACACGGCGCUCCAUCUCGAGGGUGACACCAUUGGCGACACAUACCUUAACGCCGCAAAGAUUGUACAGAUAGCACUAUCCGCCCGUGUCGAUGCCGUGAUCCCAGGCUACGGGUUUCUGGCCGAGAACGCAGGUUUCGCCCGGGCGGUCGAGCAAGCCGGCAUGGUCUGGAUUGGCCCUACCCCUGAGCAGAUGACGGAGCUGGGCCUGAAGCACCGGGCUCGCGCGAUCGCUGCCAAAGUCGGUGUACCGGUGGUCCCUGGGAGCAAUGGGCUGCUGCAGUCGAUUGAUAAUGCACUCGAGGCUGGCGGAACCAUCGGGUAUCCGCUGAUGCUCAAGAGCACGGGUGGAGGUGGUGGGAUCGGGCUUCAACGCUGCGAUAACGAGGGAGAUCUCCGGGAUGCAUUCGAAAGCGUGAAACGCAUUGCUGCUGCCAACUUCGACGACCACGGGGUAUACCUCGAGCGACUGAUCGAGAAUGCGCGGCAUGUGGAGGUACAGAUCCUCGGCGAUGGGACUGGGCGCGUCAUUACCGCCGGAGACCGCGACUGCUCCUUACAACGGCGGCACCAGAAGGUCAUCGAGGAGAGUCCUGCUCUUAUGGUAUCGGCUGACAUCAGGGCGAAGAUGGGUGCCUAUGCUGUGCAAAUCGCGUCGACUGUCAGCUACCGCAACGUCGGAACGGUGGAAUUCCUUUAUGAUACCGACACGGACGAAGUCUACUUUCUCGAGGUGAACACGAGACUGCAAGUCGAGCACCCCAUCACCGAGGCCGUGACUGGCUUGGAUCUAGUUGAGUGUAUGGUGAAGAUUGCCGGAAGUGACGCCGGCGAGCUCUUCGACGAUAAUUGCGGAGGCUUUCUAGUUUCGGGUGUUUCCAUCGAAGCCAGGCUAUACGCCGAAAACCCUCUUCGAGACUUCAGCCCCUGUGGUGGUCGAGUCCUCGGCCUGCACUUCCCUCCCAAUCUGCGGAUAAUAGCAACGGGACACACCCGUCAGGAGGCUGUCGAGCGACUUGUCGAGGGUCUGGCGGCCACUGAAAUCAGCGGUCUCCAGACAAACCUGGAUUUCUUGCGGCAGCUGACUGCUUCGUCCAUGUUGCAGUCCUGCUCUUACACAACGAGUUCUCUGGAUUCUUUCCAGUACACCUCCAAUUCUUUCGAGAUCCUCGACUCAGGGGGAAGCUGUACUGUCCAAGACUUUUUGGGCAGGAUGGGGGUUUGGAACGUGGGCAUUCCUCCCUCCGGUCCCAUGGACAGUGCGUCUUUCAGACUUGCAAAUCGUCUAGUGGACAAUGGAGAAGGUCUCGCAGCACUUGAGUGCACUCUCAAGGGUCCGUCGCUCAAGUUCCACUGCGAAGCUGUUGUGGCUGUGACUGGGGGCAGCGCACCUGCAUAUCUUGAUAACGAAGCUAUGGCCAUGCACAAAACUCUGCACAUCAAGGCCGGUCAGACGCUCAGGAUUGGGGUGGCCCAGCAUGGAUACCGUGUCUAUGUUGCGAUUCGAGGUGGUGUCGACGUCCCUCUGGUUAUGGGCAGUAGGUCCACCUUCGAGCUCGCAAAGAUGGGCGGCUGGAAUGGGCGCAAGCUUCAGCCGGGAGACAUAGUGCCAAUCGGUGAGAAGCUCGACGGAGGUGAUAUCGCCCUGCUUCAGGCGUCGGCAUUGCCCAUUUCAGCACAGCCAAAGGCCAAGUGGACAAUAGGAGUGGUCCCCGGGCCCCACGGCGCUCCCGACUUCUUCACGUCCGACAGCAUCGGUGCGCUUUUCUUCGGAGAGUGGAUUGUGCAUUACAACAGCAAUCGCCUGGGCAUCCGUCUAAAGGGGCCGCGGCCGCAAUGGGCGAGAGAGACGAGUGGCAAGGCCGGACUCCACCCUUCAAAUAUCCACGAUAGCCCUUACUCUAUCGGCAGCGUAAGCUUCACGGGCGAUGAAGCCGUCGUGCUGACUUGCGAUGGACCGAGUCUCGGUGGUUUCGUGGUCUUCUGCGUGGUGGUGUCGCCAGAGCUAUGGAAGCUUGGCCAGUUGAGGCCGGGAGACAUGGUCCAUUUCCAACCCACUACGAUUAAGCAAUCAUUGGAGUUGAAUAAGGUGCUAUCUCAUGGCAUCGAGAAUCUCGCGCCAUUGGCGGCGUACGGUGGGCUGUCAAGUGACACGCCAGCUGAGGAGCGCUGCACGGUGAACGAAAUGCACCAUGAUGGGCGUAAGGUCACCGCUAGACAAGCAGGCGAUUCCUACUUACUGUUGGAGUUUGGGGAUACUGACGACUUCAGUCUCCGUCAAAGCUUCGAGAUAGCGACGUUCAUUGACGAGCACCGAAAACGGCCGAUUGGUGGGAUCGAUGAGCUCACACCGGGGGUCCGCACACUUCACCUCAAGUACAAUUUCGGACUCCAUCCCGAUAUUAUCUUGACUCGUAUCACAGAGCAUAUCAAGUCCUACACCCGCCCAACGCAGAUGCCAUCUCGCCACAUUCGUCUACCGGUCGCCUUCAACGACGAGGAAACGCAAGCAGCCAUCCAGCGCUACGGUGACACCAUCCGUGCCGAGGCCCCCUGGCUGCCGAGCAACAUAGACUUUCUCGCCAGCUUGAACGGUAUUGACGACAUCCAGUGCAUCCUUCAGCGCUCCGAGUUUCUCGUAUUAGGCCUCGGAGACGUGUUCUUGGGUUCGCCAUGCGCUAUACCGAAGGACCCUCGCGAUCGCCUGCUCGGGACCAAAUAUAACCCUUCGAGGUCGUUCACGCCGAGGGGAUGUGUCGGUAUAGGCGGGCAGUACCUAUGCAUAUACGCCACAGAAUCACCUGGUGGCUAUCAGCUCGUAGGAAGAACAGUGCCGAUCUGGAACCCGGCUGCGCUCGCGACGCUGACAGACGGCGCGGGAGGUAAUAGGGAUCUGCUCUCCAUUGGUGCUGACUCGGGCAAGGAUAGCGACAACCCCUGCAUGUUCCGACUCUUCGACCGCAUCACUUUCUUCCCCGUCAUCGAGGAAGAACUUGACUCCGUGCCAGCUGAGAAGCUCGUGCGUAUAUCAGACGGUGUACUGGAUCUCGCGGAGCAUGAGGCAAUGCUGCACGCGAACCGCCACGAUAUCGCGGCGACGGCUGAGCGACAGGCCCAGGCUAUCGCGAGGGCUCCGUUCCUCUACGAGCUUCUGAAACCACAUGAGCCCAUCCAAACCAGCGCCUCCAACCGGCCCGGAGCCGACGACGACAGACCUGAGCACGGAGACGAUACUUUCGUCAAUAUCCAGGCUUACGUGCCAGGGCGAUGCUGGAAACUCGUGGUUAAGGAGGGCCAGCGUGUGAGCAAGGGUUCCGCGGUGGUGUACCUUGAAUCUAGCAAGAUGGAAGUCGAGAUCACAACUCCUGUCGAUGGCGUUUGCGUCAAGACCAGGGUUGCUGAAGGCGACCUUGUGGAAGCGUAUGCUGACCUGGUUGUUAUCAUGCCUGAUGUAGAGUAG